AUGGAGAAGGAAGAAGAACGUGACAUAGAAGGCCUCCGCGCCCGCUGGACGUCCCUCUACCGCGCCCGCCUCCCAGCUCUCGCCAAAUCCCACGACCCAGCGCAGAAAUCCUGGCCCGUUCAUCUGGACCACUGCUUCGCGCGUAUCGUGCUCGAUAAUGCCGUCGGCAUCGAUCGUCCGUGGACGGAAGUUGUCAAGGCGCCUGCGGUUAAGCAUAUGAGUGCCCAGCAACUUGAGGUGGCGAUUCGGAUGGCGGAGGGUAUUGUGAGUGGGGAGGUUGAUUUGGUGGAGAUGGAUGGGAGGAGUUUGGGGUUGAGGGGGAAGAUGGGGAAGGGGGUGAAGAGGAAGGGUGGGAGUGCGGAUGGGGUUGGGGAUGGUGAAACGAAGAGGCAACGGAAGGGUGAGGACGGGACGAUUUCGAGGUACUUUUUGCCUUCGCCUACUUCGCCUCAGAAGGUCGAGAGUGCGAAGGCUGAAGAUGACACUGAUGCUGGCGACGAGAAAUCGCCAAGGUCUAGCACUACGGAAGGCGACCAACCCAACAUGGCCCCCCAACUCCACCGCAUCGCCACCUCCACCCUCACCCCCUUCCGCAAACACAUGCUCACCCUCCUCUGCCAAAUCCCCCGCGGCCGCUACAGCACCUACCAAGCCCUCAGCGACCACGUCACUGCAAUCUCUCACAAAACCUGCGCUCGUGCUGUUGGAAGCGCUAUGAGGAAUAACCCUUUCGCGCCGGAAGUGCCUUGUCAUCGGGUUGUGGCGAAUGAUGGUUCGAUUGGGGGGUUCAAUGGGUUUUGGGGAGAGGAGGGGAAGUUUGCGGGUGAGAAGCGGAGGUUGUUGGGCGAGGAGGGGGUUCUUGGUGCCAAACCUCGCGGCUGCACGACAGUCGUGUCUCGGACUGUCGCCGGAUCCAGCAAGGUCACUAUCAUCGCAGAACAGUUCUCGACAAGGCUGGGGUUCUUCUCAAGAAGAACGAAUGACUUGUUGGCGAGUUACGAUGGCCGACCAUUCUACGGCAGUUUACUUGCCGAAGCCAUCCUGAGAUGGUACAUUUGA